CCACGCCGAAGGGGCGGUGUUACCAGAAGGUUGUGAGGGGAACCAGUGGGCUCUGUCCGGAGCACAUCCUGACACGCCCCCUCCCCUCUGACUGACACCGUGAGUGGAGCUAGCAGCCUAGCCGCUGUCAGCAGGUUCGGCAGGUUCACUUGUCACAUGCAUCUGCAACAACCUGGAGAGUCGGAUCCUUCUGAAACACACAGGGGCUCUGAGGGACGGGCGGACAGCAGCACUGGGCUUCCCUUCACCGUGCCGUUGCUACAGUCUGAGUCCUGACCUCACCUGACCUGACCGGGGGCGAGACUGAAGAGGCCGAGGAGGAACCAUGUCCACCGACCAGGAGCCGACGUUCACAGUCAAGCUGCUGCAGCUGCUGCUGCUCUCCACCUACUGGGGAAUGCAGAUCUGGGUCACCUUCAUUUCAAGCUUUGUGAUGGACAACCACCUGAGCAGACACACGUACGGGUUUAUUCAGAGCCGUCUUGUCCCGUUCUACCUCCACCUGGGUUCAGCCUGUGCCUUCUUCAACCUUUCCAUCUACGCCGUGUAUCACCCCAGCGACAUGCUGGACGACAGAGAAGCCUUUCAGAUCUUCAUCUUCUUUGUGUCAGUGACGGUUGCGGCCGUCAACGCUCAGUGGUUUGGCCAGAUGACAUCGGAGAUCAUGGCAGACAUGCACCUCAUCGAGCAGGCGUGCGGACUGGGUCAGGAUAUCGGUCUGACGUCGAACCGCGAAGCUUACGCCAAGCUGAGCGAGACGGACGUCAAAUACAGACACCUCUGCAGUCGCCUGUGGCUGUACAGACUGCUGUCCUCCCUCUGCAACCUCUGCUGCAUAGGCUGCAGUUUCUGCAGUCUGUGGUACAUGGCCGAGAACCUCGUCACUCUGUAAAACUGACACACAGCAGCUGGACUGUGAAAGUGCUAAAAAAAAAAAAAAAAGAAGAAAAAAAGAAAGCCAGUCCCUUACGAAUCUAGAAACUUUUUGUAUUAAAGCAGUAAGUUAUAUAUUGAAGAUGUGAGGUCUAAGCCCUGAUGUUCUUUUAUCUUGAGGAAUAUUGAAAGGAUAUAGUCCCAUGCAUAUAUUUCAGACACAGCUUUUUGGAUGUUUUGACACAGUCGUGGUCAGUGAGGCAGAAAGUCCUCUCUUAAAUGUGGGCAGACAAAUCAGUUCCUGCAAUGUGACUCAUCUUUCAGCUAGUGUGGCUGAGGCACGGUGACUGCCUCAUGCCGGUGUCUUGUUUUUAUUAUUAUUAUUAUUUUUUCACAGUUGCCUUGACCAUAUGGUACCUUUAUAGGGAUCUAAAACAAGAUCUUUGACCUUUCAAUAUCAGAGACAAUACGCAGACAAUGACCUCAUACACGGCACAGAUUUUAAUUCUAAGCAACAGAGAGGUAUGUUUUUGUAAGGAGGCUGCUCCCACGCUGCACCGUCCUGCUCUCCCUGUUUGGGUGGAGUUUUAUCCCCUUGUUCACAGUGUAGUGUCACAGGUUUAUCUGGCUUCCCCGACCUGUGGGUUUGCACUUCUGCACCUCCUUUCAGAGUCAAAAGUUGUGCUAUCUUUGUCUCUCCUGGCUGAGUUAGCGGAGAAAGCAUCGUGAAGCCAGACACUUUUUUCAGCCCUGUGCUUCUACUAGAUAUGACUUGGGAUAACACGCGCGCGCACACACACACACACAGGAGUUCAGGGAUGGCUUCAUGGUAAUAAUAAUUUUAAUCAAAACAUUGCUACAGCAACAGCCAAAGAAGAUUCCAUUAAGUGGUCAUCCCAUGGUGCAGAGAUCUAUGUUCCUAGCCUAGUUAUUUUAAUGUUAGCUGCAGUGAUACAGACUUGCAGCUGAACCAGGCCUGUAUUCGCUGAGACAGUUGACCCUGUCAUCCUGUGGCCACAAGCAGCAGCUGUAAUACGUAUGAACAACGUAUUAAUAAAUAAAUAGAAUUAUACACCGAUCAGCCUUGACAUUGAAACCACCUGCCUAAAACUGCAGGUGGGGGGUCCUGUGGUGUCGGGACCUUGUUUUUUGUGUGGCUGGGGGCCUCCAAGGAUCUGACUCCUUCUCGUAUCCUACAUGCUUGGUCGGAUUGGGAUCUGGGCCAUCAAGAGUUUGGAGGCCGAGGCGAAGCCUUGGGCUUUUUUUUCAGAUUCUUCCAAGUGCUCCCCUCUGAGCAGUUUGUGCAGUGUGCUGCAGCAUGUUGUCCUGCUGGGUGAGGCUGCUGCCAGCUAUGGCGGGGUUCUGCAACAAUGUUUAGGUGGCUGGUUGACACCCAGAUGAAUGCUUCGACCUGAGCUUGCCCAGCAGAAAAUUGCAUCAUUACGUAUAUUCUCAAUGGUUGUAAUUUUGUGGCUUUUGUACAUCGAUCCUGUUUGCUACUGUCAGAGCUCAGCCUUCCUCUGUGGUUGAACCGAACACAGGAGUGUAUAAACAAAACAAAAAAAAUCCCAGCACUCUUAUUUGAAGACCUGAAUUUCAUCCCAGCACUCAACACUCUUGCACUUGACAUCCCAGGAUGUUCUCCACACACGCUGCCACCUUUCCCCUUUCAAAAUCACUGGUCAAUUGUAUAUAUGAAGUCAAGUAUAUAUAUAUACCUCCAUCCACUGUACAUAGUGGACAACAAAAUGCAGCCAUGAUUCGAAUUGAAGUCAAAUAGUUUUUUAGUUAAAAUGCACUUGCAGCACAGUUCUCAGGUUUCCAGGCUUUUUUUUGUGCGCCACUUUACAGUGUUGUUGAAUCUGCUAUGUUCUGUUGCCUUAUUGCACGUUGAGAGCAUGUAAACUAACCCCUCCCUGCUAUGACGACACCUCUUUGUUGUAACUUCUUAGAUGAAACUCUUGGAACCAAAGUAGAACAUACCAUCAUCAGUAGCACUGCUGUAAUCAGGGAGGCGUAUGGAUCCUUUGGAGUCGUUUGUUCUGACUGGACUAAUAAAGGUGCUUAUGAUGUGCCUUUGACUGGCAAAAACAAUGCAAUAUUAUUAAAGGUUGUUUAGAAUUCUAGACAGUUUGUCCAUGGUGUUGCCUGUUAGCUCGGUUAAUUUAAAUUAAUAUUAAGUUUGAAUGCAAGUUCUCCGUGUAAGCAUAUAAGCUCCAUGUGAAUAUGACAUUUUAGCAGACAUUCUUAAGUUUGUGUUUCUCGAUGAUGUUUAAGAUAAUUUGUUUUAACUGUUAUUGCCUGAGGGCCACUGAGAUAAAUAUAAACAGCUUAUGGGUGUGGGUUUGUAUCAAAAAUGUACAGAUUGACGUGUAUAGUCUUUUUGUUUUUGCAUUAAAAAGUGUUCUCUCUUAA